AUGUUCAAAUUCUUUUUCUUUUUAACAGGAAUAUAUACCUCGACAAAUAAUAGAUUAAUAUGUACUACGGAAUCUGUUACAAGUAAUAUGAAUGAUUUUUAUAUUGCAAAAAGAAAAAAACAAUGUAAUCAUAUUUCAAAUGUAAACAAUAACACAAAUCAAUUUUCAGAACAAGAAAACUUUGAGCUGGGAAGGAUAAUUGAUGAUGCUUUGGAUUUAGAGAAAGAAUUACAGACUAAAAAUACACAAAGUUCUGUAUUAGAUAAUCUCAUUUUUGAUACAAUAAAUUCUCAGUGUUUUCAAGAUAAUAACAAUGUUACGAAUAAUGAAAAUUUUGAGAGUCCGGUUCAAAAAAAACUUAAAUUAGAUGAUAAUAUUAAAUGUAUAACUUCUGAAAAUGCAAGCCAUUCUGGAGAAAUUUUUCAAAAUAAUUCGAAUAUGUACUAUAGUUAUCCAUUUAACGAUUUUGAAUUCCGAAACCAAUAUGAUGAAGUAUUAAACCCUGAUAAGGCAAUAAAAGAUAAAAAUGAUAAUCAAAAUUAUAAUAUAAAAUGUGACGAGACUAUAGUAUAUAAAGAUAAAAAAGACUUAUUUAUUAAGCUUUAUGGUUUAUAUGCUAAAAAAUUUAAUAAGUAUCUAAUUCAUAGAAAAAAAUUAAUCUACAAUUCUGUAUUUCAAAACGAAACAAUACAAUUUAAUAAUCACCAAUUGGCAAAUUUAGAUUUAUUUUUGAAUUUUUGUAGAGAGGCUUUAAGUCAUUAUAAAUCUGCAUUUGACGAAGCUAAAAAAGAACCAAUUUUGAUUCCAAAAGAAAUUUCGUUUAUUAAAAAUAGUGACAAAAAAGUUAUCUCUAAGUUAUCGUGCAUUAAAAAGGCUUAUCACUCAAGAAAAGUAGAUUUAAUUGCAAGUAUUAAAUGUCAAAUAAGAAAUAUUGAAGACAAUUCUUUUUUUAAAAAAUCUUCAUGUAAGUGUAUAAAAGAAUUAAUAGUAGAAUGCAAUAUGCUUAUAAAAGAAGUAGUAGAGUAUUUCUGUUUAUAUAAUUUGUCUAUUCGGCUUCAUGAAUGCAAUAUAACCCUUGUUUAUAAUGAAUGUAAAGAGAUCAUACAGAGAUUUACAAAUAUUUCACGAACUGUAAAGCUUGAAUGUAUUGUUGUAAUUAUAAAAAUGCUAAUUAAAAGAUUAGAGAGCUUACAGGAGU